AUGCCCUCCAUCACCCCAGCCGCACCGCUCGCCUGGGAGCCCGAAGAGGUCUCCGCCGGCCACCAGGAAGGCUUCCCCUGGCAUAGGGCUGCAGAGUCCACCACCCAGCCCGCAAAGACAAGCCUCCAGCCUGCCCGUCCGCGAGCAUCCAAGGCUGGCCAAACGCCCGCCAAUCGCGCCCGGGAGCACUAUUUUGGCCGGCGGCAGCGCGAGGAGACGCCGGAAGAGCUUCGAGAGAACGGUGGCCCAUUGUCCUAUCGGUAUAAAAGCGCCGUCAUCAUUGCUGGAGAAGAAGGUCUGCAGGCCGGUGAUGUCAGUUACGGAGCGCAACUCGCAGCUGACCCUCCAGGGCUCGCAGAACCGCUGAGCCCUCCCUCCUGCGCCCUGGGUGCCUCCUCUGCCUCCUCUGCCUCCUCUGCCUCUGCCUGCUGGCGCUGUCUCUGCCUCUGUUUCUCUUCUGUCGCUGCUCACAAGACUGCGGUUGCAUCACCGAUCAUCGACGGCGCGAUACACCACACCCCUGGCCUCGAUAUCUCUUCUUCCUCUACUUCUACUACUUCUGCUUCUGCUUCUUCUGCUUCUGCUUCUGCUUCUGCUUCUGCUUCUGCUUCUGCUUCUGCUUCUUCUCUUCCUCCUCCGCUGAUCUCGCUCAUGGGCUCGACAAUGACGACCGCCGUCACCAAGCGCGGCGUCGCCGUCAAGCAGUUCGGCCUCACACAGCUCUACCAGACAUCCAGCCCGGCCGUCGAUAUCGUCUUUGUCCACGGCCUCAACGGCUCGGCGUACCAUACCUGGGCCACCAAAAAGCCCCCCGAAGUCUUCUGGCCCUCCGACCUGCUGCCAGGCGCCCUGCGCGGCCUCGAGGUCAGGAUCCUCACCUACGGCUACGAUGCGAAUGUGGCCGCCUUCAGUGGAGGGACGUCGAAGGACAAGCUGCACAACCAUGCGGAGCAUCUCAUCACCAGCCUGUGUGCGCUGCGGAGUGACACCAAAUCGACCGAACGGCCCAUCGUCUUCGUCUGCCACUCCCUGGGCGGCCUGGUGGUGAAGAAGGCUCUCUGCUGCUACACCAGAAUCAGCCACCAGCAUACCCAGCAUCUGCGGUCCAUCUUCGUAUCGACGUUCGGCAUCAUCUUCCUGGGGACGCCGCACAACGGAUCCAGCAUUGCCAAAGUCGCCAGCACGGCGCAGUCCUUCAUCAACACCGUCAUACCAAAACGGCUGCUCUCCACCUCUCCCCAGCUCGUCCAGGUCCUGCAGAGCGACAACGAGCACCUCCAAGUCAUCAACCGCGACUUCGUCCAGAUCAUGGACCGCUUCCACAUCUACUUCUUCCACGAGUCCAAGCCCAUGGACAUAGGCAGCACCCGAGCCUUCAUCGUCGAGGAGUCCUCCGCCGCACCCGUCUGGGACGGUGUUGAGCGCAUGGGCAUCGAGGCUGACCACGGUGCCAUGUGCCGCUUUGCUGACAAGAACUCCCCGGGCUACGACACCGUCACAGAGGCCAUACGGCGGUACUCAUCUACUGCCGGCCCUACCAUCGUUGCUCGUUGGCAGCAAGCGAAGCAGGAGUACCUCCUCGCCAUGCAGGCCGGGCUCCAGGUUCAGCAACUUAACGCUGGCAGUGCCUUUGACCUUUCCGCAGAUACACAGGACCCUCUAGAUCUCUCCCGCAUCUCUCUACCGGGACCGCAUGACCCCAUAUUCACCAACCCUGAAGCUCUCCGCCAUGUCAACCGGCCCCUGUUGCUAGGCAAUAAUGAUGAUUCCCUGGUGACUGUAAGUCCGCCGGGCUUUCACCCCAAUUCUGUGUUUCUUGGGAUGCAAGAGGAGAUGGAUCAGUUGCGGAGAGUACUAUCGGACGAAAGGAAGCGGGUCCUGGGGCCUGCCGCUGUUCUUAUCCAUGGAAGCCCAGGCUCUGGAAAGUCCCAUCUAGCCAGACAGUACAUGUACGACCAUGAUAAAUUAUACCCCGGCGGCAUUUUCUGGAUCGAUGGCAAGUCCAAGGAGUCUCGUCUCAACGGAAUAUGGGAAAUCGCCGUUGCUGCCUCUAUUCUCUUGGAAGACCGCGAAGACCGAGACCCAAGAUGGCUGAUGGCCCAUAAAUACACUGCAAAUGUCAAACGGUGGCUAGAAAGCAGAGACAACUGGCUGCUCAUCUUCGACGGCCUCGCCUUUGAGGACGAAGAUGACCUAAACGAAUUCAAAAACUUCCUCCCCUUCAAGCCGAAUACUAGCAUCAUCUACACGUCCGUCGACCGCACUCUUCGUCAGAAACAGCGCCUUUUUGAACCAUAUGGCCUUGCUGUCCAGCCUCUCGCCGUAGAGGCCGCAUGCCAGCUACUCUUCACUGAGCUGGGAAUCUCAACCCCAAACACGAGGCAGACCCAAAAGGCCAGAGAGCUGGUCAGGUACUACGAGUGUCUGCCACUCGCCAUUCAUGCCCUCGGUCAUCGUCUUAACGCCAGUGGGAAACCACUAGAAACCUACCAACCCGGCUCUCACUUGACUGACAGCCGCCUAGCUGAACCAUACAGGGAGAUAAUGACGGAUCUCAAUUCCAACCAGUACACCGAAGCCCUGCAGCUAAUCUAUAUCCUAUCCUUCUUCGGACACAACGUGCCCGUUGGCAUGAUCCAUCUCGGCCGCAAGGCUUUGGCAGAGUACAAAGUUGAAAUCCGGACCCUGGAAAGAUAUGGUAGUACCGAGAGGCACAUCGAUAACACGUUUGCCAUCCUCAUCAAGUACGGCCUGAUUGAGCGCUCCUUUGACGCUUACAGCGAAGUCUCAGCUACCCCUACUAGUGAAGUCGACAGAAGGGGUAUCGAACGCCGUUCUACAACACACUCGCAAAGCGCCUCCAGUCAGGAUGCGAUAAUGGGCCGACCAAGAACAGAAAUCGAUGUGCUUAAGAUUCAUUCAGUCGUCCAGGGCUUCUGCCGCGAUGAACUUAUUGUCGAAGGUGCAAAGCAUUUCUGGUACUGGCUGGGCAUUGCUACAAGCCUGUUCUGUCUCUCUUACAAGAAUGCUACAACUCAGAUCAGAGCAAUCAAGAAUGCAGGCCUUGUCAGGGACUACCGCGAGUAUCAGACUCAUGCAAAGCGUCUCAUGCGUCAUUACCGGGCUAGGCUAGACAAAUCAGAGGUCAAUCUGGAACUUCACCACGAAUGCUUGAAAAAGAUGCUGCUUGACAUCGAAGAGGAGAUCAGACACCGGUCACCUGGCUCAUCCCAGGAAUGGUUCCGCCACCAGAGAUCAAUCUUCGAUCAUACAAACAGCAUGUCGUCGUUCUCUGACUCUAUAGCCAGCACAUCUACCAGGUCCACCUGGGAACGGGACGUGGGAGCCGAAUGCACUGACUCUCCACAGGAGAUAGUCUCUCCGCAGGGUAGCGUUCAACCCCAUUCGGUUCUCCAUGGAAACACCAAUGUCGGUACCGAGAAUGCGGCUCAAAAUGGCGGCAACGAGAACGAGGCUGCUGCCCCUGACAUGUCCCCAUCUCUGUCCAAUAGCACUGAAGUCCCAACGCCGAAGGUUCCCCAGGAAGAGCGGCCCAGCACUCCUGGGAAGAAGCGAGGCAGUUUCCUGUCAGCUUUCAAGGAGCCCCUGAGACGGUUGAGAGAGCAGCGGAAGAACCUUGGGGAAUCUAGACCAGCUACUCCUACUGUCUCUGUUUCAGAUGGCUCUCGACGGAACAGUUCCAUCCUGGUCCAGGGCAGCCCCAGCCAAAGGAAGCCUUCUGAUGCUGGAUCUGCGGGUAAACCGGUGGCCCCAUUGGCACAGCAACAUAGCUCAGCUUCAUCCUCAAAGAACAGCGGUACAAGCACUGGACGGGUGCCAACCAAGCCCGGAUCCAGCAACAAGAGCAACCACGGACCUUCCUAUGCUGCCGUUGUUGGGGGUGCGACGCAUGCCGGAACGAAGCCACCAUCGCGGCAGCAGUGUUCAAAUCUAACGCAGCGUCCAAUGCACACGGAUAGCCCUCCGUUACCAGAUGUAGAGGAGAUAAAACGCCUAUCAGCUUCCCUGAUGGGAGGCGCCGAGAUGAACCUGUCCCUGUCAACUCACAGUGACCCUGGCCUGCCAUACCCUCGUCGUAUCUCUGCAUCUGAACGAGGCUCACCAACGACCCCGAACUCUCCCUUCGGGAUUGAACAGGAUUCUCAGCGGCCUCCAAUAUCAAACCAGCAGCAUUUCAGCGACUCCAAUGUUGGUCCUCCCUAUAUGGGGCCAAAUCCCUUGCCGAUACCAUAUGAGCCGAACAUCGAAAUCACUCAAAUGCCACCACGACGACCCUCGGCAUUUACACCACCCCCACUACGAGCCGUCGGUUCCAGAAACAGUCUUCCCCAUGGCUACUCAUCUCAGCCGAUGUCUCGGGAACACUCUGGAAUAUCACACCAAUCACUUCAAGCAGAGCCUGGCAGAUUCACACCUAGCCCACCGUCUGCAUCGGCGCCUCGCGCAGCCUCCUUCUCCCAUUCCAACAGGACUGCAGUCAUUCCCAGAAUAGACACCCGAAUUAGAUACCCAGCUAGUGAAUGUGCAAUCGAUUCAGCCACCACAACGCCAACAUUAGACGAAAGCCAGUUUUUACCAUUAUCAAAUGUUACCACGGGGCCAGGCUUUAUGGUUGAUACAGGCGACGGCAUUAGCGGUGUAGUUGAAUUCAAUCCUGUGCAAUAUACACCACCGCACAUCCGCUUCGGCGAACUUGAGCCUGUCAAUGUCGAGGCAGCCAGGCAGCGAGCCGAAAGAGCGCUUAGACAAGAACAGCUGAUACGCCAGGCACAAGUACAGGCACAAGUGCAGGCACAGGCACAGGCUCAAGCACAACCACGGGCUGCACCUUAUCCUGACCACAACUUCAUGCCAACAGCUAGCGAUCCGCAGCAGCUCGCUGACAUGAUGCGGCAGGGCUUCGCUACUCCGCCGCAACAACGAGCGGCGGAACAAUUUCGUCAGGGAGGAGCAAGAACCCGGAUAAGAAGCGGCAGUACCCCCCAGAUACCAGACUGGACCGGCCUAGGCAUCCACCAUCGCUCUCCAUGA